CGUCGCUAUUUUGUUCCUUGCUAUUUUUUCAUUUAAGAAUCGUUUAUUUCAAACCUAAAAAGGAAUUAAUUCAAGAAGAUUGAAUCGUUCUCAGUUUCAGAUAUUUUGCAAAAAUGAGGGACGAAAAUCAAAAUACUAAAGCGCCCAUCUUGAAAUCCCAAACAUCAUUCUAUGGCAGUUUGUCUGGAAGUUGUCAUGUAGCAGUUGAUAAAUCACAAGAUGGUUUGAAAAAGAAAGUUAAAUAUACGUACAUUCAGUGGGUGACUUUAAUCACAUUAGCUUUUGCCAACUUCUGUGCAGGCGCAUGCGUAUCACUGCAAGCACCGUUUUUUCCUGCUGAGGCUGAAGCAAAAGGAGCCACUCCAACUGAGUAUGGAUUUAUAUUUGGCAUGUUCCAGUUGACGAUCUUUGUAAUGGCACCAAUCAUGGGAAAACUGGUUCCAUAUACAUCACCAAAAUUUCUUCUAAAUUCUGGAGUUCUAGCUGUUGGAGGAACCUGUAUUUUGUUCGGGACACUUGACAUGAUAUCAAAUCGCACGUCGUUCGUUGCUUUGGCAUUCAUAAUACGAUGCGUUGAAGGCAUCGGAGCAGCAGCAAUGCGCACAUCCUGUUAUACAAUCAUAGCAUCCCAAUUUUGUGAAGGAAUUGGAACUACAUUUGCUAUUCUGGAAACUUUCCUUGGUAUUGGUCUAAUUACUGGUCCAACGUUAGGAGGCGCGUUAUAUGAUCUUGGAGGAUAUGGCUUGCCGUUUUAUGUCGUUGGUGCAGUGGUUGUAGUUGAUGCUGUUGUUAUAUUUUUUGUUUUACCUGAUGUUGAAAGGACAUCUAUUCCAAAGAAAGGGAGUUUGAUCAAGUUCUGGAUUCAUCCCACAGUUCUCAUCUAUUCUCUGAGCGUAUUUACAUCGUUCAAUUACAUAGGUUUCAACCAAGCUACACUGGAGCCUCACAUUCGAGAAUUUGAUCUCUCUGGUUUCUUGUUGGGAAUGAUGUUUGCUUUAGCUGGUACUAUAUAUGCUAUCAGCGCUCCAGUAUGGGGAAGACUUUGCGAUAGAAAGUGGAAUACUGACUUCUUGAGUCUAAUUGGAUGCUUUAUUAAUAUAACUUCUCUUCUUCUGAUUGGCCCAGCACCUUUUUUUAAUAUGGAACCGAAACUGAGCGUAGUUAUUACUUCUCUAGUGCUUUUGGGUUUUGGUCUUGGAGCUAAGCUCGUUUGUGCUUUCAGUGGUACAUUACAGGACACAAUUGAUCGAGGUUUGCCUCCUGAUUUGAGCACAUACGGCCUUAUAUCUUCUAUGAUAGCUUCUUCACAGUCACUUGGAGCAUUUGUUGGCCCUUCUCUUGGAGGUUACCUAAUGGAUAGCUUUGGUUUCCGAAAUGCGUCAAUGGCUCUUUUAAUAUUGGAGACGUUUUUGGUGUUUCUCUUGAUAAUAUCUCUACUAUCUGGCAAAAAACGACGAAAAACUACUAGUAUUUCCGAAGUCAUUGAAAAGAACCCAAUUUGCAAUGGAUAUAACAUAAUUGAAUCAGGAGAUAAGAAGGCCGUUUCCAACGGAUAUCCCAAAAGUAUUAUUUCAGAAGAAAAUAAAGCUCUCUCCAACGGCCAUUAUCUUAUAAUUGAAAAUAAAGAGAGAGUUGGUAAUGGAGAUGCCAACGGUUUACGCAAAAGUUUAAUAAGAGAACUUGUUGACAGUCUCAGCUCUGCUCUAACGGAUUCAGAGAGUAGUCAACGAACUCAUCAUUGAUGUGAACUACGAACAGUUUUUAUAAGUUUUUAAUGGUUUUGUCGUGAUAUGUAAUAGAAUUCUGCGGAAUCCUAUGCUUUUGUAAAAACUAUUGCUGUGCUAAGCACAAAUGUCGUAUCUACACUUUUUGUCAAAAUUGAGUUAUUAUCACGAAGUGGUUCUUUAUAACAUGUUUUUCCUAUUUUCAAUGUUUUAUUGUCCUUUGCGAAAGAGAAAUAUUUUUUUUUUUUUAAAUUCUAAAAAAGAGGAAUCUGAAUCAAAUAUAUAGCAACGUAAAACUUUAAAUAGCACUUUUUCAGUUUGAGUUCUGCUGCAGAUACGACGUUUGCGCUUAGCACGGCAGUGUACGUCAUGAAUUUUAAAGCAUUGAUGACACAGGUCUGAAAAGAAAAAAAUUCACUAUAUCAUGGGAUAUUUGUUUUUUUUUUUUUUUUUGGAACAUGUUUUUACAGUGCUGACUCCAACAAUCGUCUUUAUUUCCCUUCCACACGCAUUUUUUUUUUGCAAAACAUUGAGGUUUAGAUUGAAAACGCAACGAUGAAAAAAAAAAUCAGUGCACUUUAAAAUUAUUUAUGCAUAUUUUUUCUUUCAGUAUUUCAAAAAGAAAAAACAAACAUUUUUCGAUUAUUAUAUACCACUACAUGUUUACUUUUUCUCUAUGUGAACCCUUUUAUUUUUCUCUUUGAUGCUCCCGUCAAACACACUCUCGUCUUUUCAUCAUUUGUUUACCGCCUAAGUAAUCAGCUAGCAUGAUGACAUCCCAUGCAUCAUUGAUAUCGUCUCUCUAUAUUACAGACAUCCUGGUGAAAUUAUUUUGAUUUUCACUUUAGGCUCUUAACCUUUGGGAAAACAUUGAAUAUAGGCAUGUCAGAUACGAACUUUAAAGCUCAACAAGAAUUGUUUUGUAGAGACAAUCUUAUGUAUUCCUCAAAAAUCUGUGCGCCACAUCUUUGAAGAGAAGAUCCCUUUUUCUCCCUCUUUUUUCCUAAAGUGUAUCAGAAAAAAGCGAAUUGGAUAACUACUUGUGUGCUCUGUGCCAGCAAAAACCCUUUCUAUCAGUUUGACUGCUAACAGUUUGGGAGCGAGGAAUGCAAAUAUCCGAUGCUUUCUCAAUCUUUAAGCUUUAAUUAACUUAUUUGAACUAAAAGCAUGAGUUUUGCAAAAAAAAAAAAAAAAAAAACCUUGGCCGUAAUGGAUUUUUUUUUUUUUUUUGGUUUCAGCUUGUAAAUAACUGUUAGAAACAUUAAACACAUCCUAUUUAAUUUUUGGCAUCAGACAUGUGUCAUUUCUAAGUGAAAAACAACCAACAUCUAAAUAUUUCAAGUACAUAGUUAGAAAACCACUCCAAAUGUUUAGAAACCACGUACAUUUAAUUUGAAAAAAAUGUCUUCUAUGGAAAAAAUGUUGGGUAAAAGAGGCAGAGGUUGUAAGAUUUUUUUUUUUUUUUUUGCUCCUAUUUAAUUCAAGAAACAUGGCAACGUACACAUGAUGUUUCAAAGUUAAGAAAAAUUGCGAACUCAAUUUUAAAGAACUAUCUGAAAAAAAAAAAAAAAAAAAAACCUCUAGCACCGUUUAUGAAAUCAAAAGUUAACAACGUUUAAUAUAUUCCUGAAUACAAGCAGCAUACUUCUCAGUUAACAUAUUCCCAUUCUGUAUCAAAUAAUGUUUGAUUUCAAUGCAAUAAAGUUGUUAAAAUUAUUAGUACUUAUUUCUUCUUUUCGAACAUUGUCAGCCAAUAUUAGUAUUACAUGGUUUGGCAAAAAGACACAUUUAUAAAAUAAUUAUUUUUAUAAAUAUCUUUUACAAACAUAUUUUGGGAUUUAUAAAAAAUUAAAUCUGGUCAGCUUUACAAGCAGUUGUGUGUGAUACAAGACGUUGAUUGAAAUAAUGUUUAUUUGGUGACAUGAUUUUUCAUUUAAAAAUGGCAUUAUCGAUGAUUAGCCUACUUUUACGGGCUUAUUCUUGCUUCAUCGGAAGAACGUCGAUGGGUAUGCCUGCCGCUCCUGACGAACGUCCUUGGUUGACAUUCUAAACUUGAUUUUGGUUCGUAAAACGAACAAUGAUGCUCUUAUCUAUAUCGAUGACUCGUUGGGAGUGAUGGAAAUUAGAUAUUUCAGUAAGCCAGUCUUCCAGUCAUAUAGAUUCUAAAAACCUGUUAUUGCCUUUGACCACUAAACGAAAUAGAUAGUCAGCCCCGCUGAAUCAGGUAACGGAUAAACAAAUGCAUUACUUAUAAGAAAAAAAAACCGAACCGAAGCCGACUAUUUUCCCAUAGACGUAAAGUUAAAUAUCCGCGUUUAAUGGAAUAACUUCCCUCUCCUAUAAAACUGAUGGACUUUCGUAAAUAUCUUGGUAAGGAAAAUUUUGAAUCUUUUAAAAAGGAAAAGUUAAAAGCAACAUGAAAAUACAUUACAUUAUAUUGAGCUUAUUUCAAAAUAUUUUUACUACUAAAAAUCAUUACUUCCAUUAAGUAGCUAUUCAUUUUAGUGCUAUGUCUUUAGACAAGUGUUUGGUUUAGUAAGUUGGUUUAGUAAGUUUGAUUUAGUAAAGAACAUUUCCUCGCAUAAUUAAAUGUCUCGCUUUAAAUGAAUAUUAUCUGUUGGAACUGACAGCAUUUGUUAAAGCGGGACCAACAGUACUUAUGACAACUAUUUACUUUUAAAUCAGCACAAGGCACAUAUUUUUAAAAAGAGAAAAUUGAGAUGUUUUAAGAAAAUCAGAAACAGGUCAUAAGCCCCUAACCCUUUAGCGUUUGCUACAAAUUUCUUUAGAUGUCCUCGAUUUGUGAGUUAUUCACAUUGAAAGUUGAUCAAAUAAAGAAUUUUAGUGUGAAUUUAUGUUUUAUGACCAUGUGUAUAAGAUCAAUAAGCCCCAUAACCGACAAACUACAAGAUUUUGAAGAGCUUUUUAGAUGUGAAUGAUAACUCAAAUUUCUCUCUCUCUCUCUCUCUAAAAAUUAUAAUACUUGUUAGGAAACUUGAAUGAGCACUCCCCUUUCAGAUUUGGUAUUACUAUUGUUCUAAAGCAUUAUUAAUUUUUUUGCAUUUACUACCUCAGUAGAAAACUGUAUUUCAGUUGUUUUUAAUGCGUUUCAUACUAUUUUCAUAUACUGUCUGUGAGAAAGUGAAUGAUACUUUAAUUGCGUUUCUUAACGUACUCAUGAUUUGAAUGCUGUAAAAAUAGAUUCUAAUAAAAUUUAUGUUUUA